CUCCACUCCUUGAUGCUUCCGGGUACCUCCAACCCUCGCUUCUACCCCUGCAGAGCUGGGCCCGAGGGGCAUCCCGAAGAGACUUUCCUAUCAGGAAUGUAUAAAGGCAGCUGGCAGAGUGGGAGAAGAUACAGAAGAAGGAGUCACCAGCAGAGCCCUUGGUUCAGACGUUGUACCUCGAGUGAGAGGUAUAACACAGGGACAUCACAAAGCCCCCAGGAUUCUGGCCGUGGCAAUGACGAGUCCCCGUCAACCUCUUCCAGCACAGCUGGAAGUUCUUCCGUGCCAGAUCUACCAGGGUAUUACUUUGACCCUGAAAAGAAACGCUAUUUUCGCUUACUCCCUGGGCAUAACAACUGCAACCCCCUCACGAAGGAGAGCAUCCAGCAAAAGGAAACGGAGAAGAAAAGAUUGCAGCUGGUGGAAGAAGACAAGCAGAAAAAGAAAGUAGCCAGAAUGGGAUUUAAUGCAUCUUCCUUGCUACGCAAAAGACAGCUGGGUUUUCUCAACGACAUCAGUUAUUCCCGUCUAGCCCAUGAGCUGCGAGUGAGCUGCAUGCAGAAGGGAAAGGUCCACAUUCAGAGCUCGGAUCCUUCUGCUUUGGCAAGUGACCAGUUUAACCUCAUACUGGCAAAUACCAACAGGGACCGGCUCUUCACAGUCAUCGAUGUCAAAGUCGGCGGCUCCAAGUACAGCAUCAUCAACCUCAGCCAUCUGUGGAUCCCAUCACCCACUGUGAGAAUGUAUGAAAACUUGUACUUCACCAACCGGAAGGUGAAUUCUGUAUGCUGGGCCUCGCUGAAUCACUUGGAUUCCCAUAUUCUGUUGUGCCGCAUGGGAAUCGCGAAGACUCCAGGCUGCGCCACUCUGCUCCCAGCAUCACUGUUCGCCCAUAGUCAUCCAGCAGUUGAAGACCGGCCUGGCAUGCUCUGCAGUUUCCAGAUCCCCAGUGCUUGGUCCUGUGCGUGGUCCCUGAAUACCCAGGCAAAUAACUGCUUCAGCACAGGCUUGUCUCGGCAGGUUCUGCUGACCAACGUGGUGACGGGACACCAGCAGUUAUUCGGCACCAGCAGUGAUGUCCUGGCCCAGCAGUUUGCUGUCUUGGCCCCUCUCUUGUUUAAUGGCUGUCGUUCCGGGGAGAUCUUUGCCAUUGAUCUGCGUUCUCAAAGUCAGGGCAAGGGCUGGAAGGCCAUGCGCCUGUCCCAUGACUCAGCGGUGACCUCUGUGCAAAUCCUCCAAGAAGAACAAUGCCUGAUGGCAUCAGACAUGGCUGGAAAGAUCAAGCUGUGGGACCUGAGGACCACUAAAUGUUUAAGGCAAUUUGAAGGUCACGUGAAUGAGUACGCCUACCUGCCCCUGCACGUGCACGAGGAAGAAGGAAUCGUGAUGGCAGUGGGCCAAGACUGCUACACGAGAAUCUGGAGCCUCCAUGACGCCCACCUGCUCAGAACCAUACCCUCCCCUUACCCCGCCUCCAAGGAGGACAUCCCCAGUGUGGCCUUCUCUUCUCAGCUCGGGGGCUUCCGGGGAGGACCAGGGUUGCUCAUGGCCGUCCGGAAGGACCUCUACUAUUUCUCCUACAGCUGAUUCUGCAGGGAACAGCCUAGAGGAAUGUGGAUUUGACUAAUAGAAGUAAAGAGCCUCAAUUGCUGUUCUGUUUCUAGCAAAGACAUUUUAAACGGGCACUCAGUGUGCACAGAUCCCGACUAUCCAGCGUUAGGGGUAAAGGUAUUAAGUGUUUUAUGUGGAGACAGUUCAGUAAAGUUAUUUUCAUUAAAUUGUGGGCUCAGAGAGCCUGAAAGUCCUUUUCAUAAAAGGUUCCUAUUUCUUAUUCUUGUUGAAUUCCUUAGAAUAGCCUCCCCACACAUUUUUUUUUUAGACUUUUUUUGGUGGAAAGUAAAAUAACCAUCCGCCUCUUCUUCCACUAAAGUUGUUUUGAGAAGUGUAAUGAUGAGACUGGCUGGGAUGUGGUAGGUUAGUCCCAGGAAGACACACAUCUGUAUUUGAGAAAGCCAACUGGAUAGAAUAGGAAGUGGGAAGUCGUUUCUGUGAGUCCGCAGAACAGAUUUAAGGAUGAAGUUUGGAAUCAUUAAACUUGGCCUUCCUGAAUAAGCUCACUCAGUAUCAACAGCAGAGAUCUCUGGAAUUCUCCUUUUACUAUCAUUCUAGGCAUUGGAAAGAAAGAUGAAUCUUUUUAAAUGCUAGCAGGUUUGAAACAGGCCUUAGCAUGCCUUCGUUGAAGUACCUCACAGAAUGUUAAGUACAGCAGCUCCUAUUUCUAUUAUGGUGAUAUGAAUGUCAGAUUCAGGGGCCUAGCCUGUAAGAAAAUUGGCUUUGACUCUGUAAUCUAGGGGAAGCAGUCUGUGAAAUGUUCAUACAAAGUACUGAAUGGGCCUGUUUCUUCUAUCAAACAAUAAACUAGAACCAUGUUGUGGUGUGUUGCUUUUGUUAAUGAUUUAGGAGAUCAUGAUGCUUGGACUUCUUAUAACAGCAAACCAGCUACAGGAACAUCUGCUCAAAUCUUGAAUGAGAAAAGAAAUGAAUAGAAGAGACUGAGACCGGGUUUAAUAGCUGUGCUGAAUGCUUCUGUUUGCCCCUUCCUAUCCACUUUCCACCCUUCUCUGCUCUGCGCCCCAGGAGGCUGAGACACGUGGACCUCACUAGUGAGCUCUCUGGUCCUUGGCUACCAGGUGAGUUCAGCCAAUGGGAAGUCCUGGCAGGAGAAGAGCGAAGUGGGAUUCUGAGUUCUCUGGCUCCCUUUUCUCCUGGGCUGUGGCUGCAUUCCUCGACCUAAUGCUGUAAUUUCUAUCGGAACAGCUUUCUCUAGGUUCUAAUACCUGUUCGCUCCAUUUGUCCCGUCAGACCUACGGCUGGUAAUUGCACCUCACUGUUGCUAGCUCUAGGAUGUUUCACCAGUUAAACACUCUUCAUUUACCCUCUUUGAGUGUUAAUCUCUUUCAUGCCAGAACACCACACACACACACACAAAGAUGAGAAUAUCAGGUUGCUUAUCUAAUAGAUGGGCUAUAUAUCUUUAGUGCCUUUUACAUUAUAUAAAAAACUUUCCCCCAUAUUAUCUGAUUUGAUCCUUAAAAAAACCCAGGACAGUUGUAGUAAUAUAAUACUAUCGGCAUCAUCUUACAAAUAAGGAACCAGGGCACAGAGACGUUAAGUGACUUGCCUUGGAUCAGAGAGCUAUUAAGUGUAGAGCUGGGGAUUACAAUCAGAAGACUUGAGAUCACUCCCUACCUUCCACGUGUCCCCAUUCUGCUGACCAAAUAAUUGACCUGUGUAUCAGAGCUAUUGCUGUGGAGAAAUCAGUGAGUAUAAAUCUGUGACUACUAACAUUCCAUGAUAUUUAAUCACUGGGUAAAUGAGUUUUUCUGGCUCUCACCAGUGGGCAAGAAGCUUGUUAAUUGCCAAAGUUCUUCUGUGUUUGUUUAGAUUUUGUCCCUGUAUUCCUGCAACCCUGAUGUACACAUAGUAGUUCCCCAGGAAAUAUGAAUAGCAUUACAUGGUAUACCUCUCCACUUUCUUGGCAGGGUCUUUUGGAUUAACUUUGGAAUGACAUGCCACUGCCCAAGAGCAGUGUCCACACACACACAUCCUGGGCCAUGACCCUAACGUCCACCUGUACGUUUGUCCCCAUCACAUUCUAAGCACAAUAGAACAUACAAGUUCAUUUCAUUCCAGGAUCUGCAAUUUAGAGUCACUGCUCUUGCACAUCUAAGGCAGAGCGUUUCCCACGGUUGUGCACUGAUUCUUUGAAUGGAGCUGAAAGUCUGGCGGCUAUGCAGCCCAAGUCUGCUUAGAGUCAAUCUGACCACUCAAGACUGUACAAUAAGUUCUGAUGUUUACAGCCCUACCGCUGCACACCUUCUUGACUCCUUUUAUCAAACUGCCAUAGACCAGAUUUCUUGCUUAAAUAAAUAGUUGUAAAAUGAAUCAUUUUAGAUUUCCCUUAAACUAAAAGAAAGUUCUUCAAAAUCUCUAAACUUAGCAGCAGUUUGUGUUUGAUCACCAGUUAGCAGCCUUACAUUUGGUUUAGGUUGUAUGAAAAGUAGCUAAACUGGGCUGAGAAGUUGUAGAAUAAGUAUUUUUGUCUGCUUAAUAUAGUGUCAUAAAGGUUAGUAUGUUUACACAGUCUUGAAGCAUUUUUCACCUGCAGGUCUUUGGACAUGUUACACUAUUCCCCAGGUGACAGUGGAGGGUAGAGGAUGAGCAGGCGAUAAUGACAGCACCGCCGGGCUAUUCUCUGUACCCCUGGCUGACUGGCCCAGCAUUUGCUUUACUUACAGCUUUCUGAAUAUAGAUGAGAACAGUGGCACGUACUUGUUAUAAAAAAUGCCCACAAAUAAACACCUCUCACGUUCCACAUUACAGUGUAGUCACCCUAUAAUACAGCUGGCCCAGCAUGCUCUGGAGGGCACUGAGCCCCUUCAGUGUCCCCUAACAAAGGUCCCUAGAAGUGUCCUUUGAGUGAGCCCAAAUCAUGUCCCUCACCUGUCGGCCUUAAGUCUGUCCUGGUCUAAAUCUUCCACAUAACUAUCACCAAGACACGGUUUCAGCCUAAACAGUUUUCUUCUAUUUCUCCGUUUACGUGUGUUGGUAAAAGCCUCGGGUCCCACUCUUAAGUUUAUCCCCUCUGAGGAAGUCCUGGUGGUGCAGUGGUUAAGCACUCAGCUGCUAACCAAAAGGUCAUCAGUUCGAACCCGCCAGCCGCUCUGUGGAAGAAAGA